AUGCUCCGCCUCGCCCGCCCCCUCACCUCUGUCUCGAGAGCUGCCCGCCCCGUGCCCCGCUUCGCGACGCUCACUGCUCGCGCGCAGAGCACGAGCGCUGCCCAAGAAUGGAUCAAGGACAUGACCGGCCGCCCCGCCACGGUGUCCCAGGACGACUUUGACACGCUCCGCGCCUCCCAGUUCAAGAACACGAUCCCCACCCCCACCGAGGCGCCGGCCCAAUACGGCGUUGCCAAAGGCGACGAGCUCCCCAAGGGCAUGCACCUGAUCUACUUCUCGCCGACGGACCACUUUGACGAUCUCGCCAAGGACGGCACGAGUACUGAGUACAACGCGCCCGAGCCGUACAUCCGCCGCAUGUGGGCCGGAGGCUUUAUGGAGUGGAACCCGAACUCGGCGAUCAAGCUCGGCGACGAGGUCGAGCAGGCCGUCAAGGUCGCGCGCGCAGAGGAGAAGGCCGGCAUGAUGUUCGUGUACCAGGCGCGCGAGCUGGCUCCGAAGGGCGGCGACUGGGCCGUCCGCGAGGAGCGCACCCAUGUCUUCUUCCCGCCCAAGCAGGAGGAGGCCAAGGGCGGCGCGAAGCCGGGCGGUAAGAAGAAGCCUGCUGCCGAGCUGCCCAAGCCCGACCUCACGUUCAGCUACACGCCGACCUCGCCGCUGCUGUUCCGGUACAGCGCGAUGACCUGGAACGGGCACAAGAUCCACUACGACCGCGACUGGACGACGCAAGUCGAGGGCCACCCCGACCUCGUCGUCCAUGGCCCGCUGAACGCGACCCUGCUGGUGCAGAUGGCGGACCGGGCCGCGCGCGACGCGGGCGUGAAACUGACUCGCUUCGAGUACCGCGCCACGUCGCCAAUGUACGUCGACAAGCCGAUCAGCAUCAACGCCAAGUGGGACGGGGAGAAGGGCGCGGACGGAAAGCUCCAGCUCUGGGCCGAGCAGAGCGGAAAGGUCGGCAUGAAGGCGACGGCGACGUUCACUGCCUAA